AUGGAUUUUUUUGCAUAUCUGAACCAUAACGAACUAAAUAUCGAAUUCACGUUUGAAAAUAGUACCACCUCCAUCAAUUUUUUGGACGUGACUAUAUACAUGGAGAAUAACAGUCUACAUACAAGAUGUUAUACCAAACCCACGGAUUCGGGGAUCUUUCUGAGAGCAGAUAGUUGUCACCAUCCUAAUUGGAUAAGUGCCAUCCCCGGGGGACAACUUAGGAGGAUCAAGCGCAAUUGCUCCAUACCUCAGAGUUAUAAUGAAGAGGCUUCCCGGAUGAAGAAUAAAUUCAUGGCCUCAGGAUAUGGGGAAACCAACUUAGAUAAAACUAUGAAUAUAGUAGGAACCCUAAAUAGAGAAGAUUUGCUGGUUGAGAAAACUAAGACGCCCACCAAGAUUGCCAACCAAGAUUGGGCAUUCAUAACAACUUUCAACAGCCAGUAUAAAACCUUGGAAAGAAUUCUGAAUAAACACUGGGGUAUACUUAGAGGGGAUCCCAUCAUAGGAAAAAGAAUACCUGCCAAACCGAAAUGCAUCUACAGAAAGGCUCCCAAUAUAGGUUCCAAAAUAUCACUGUGCAUAACUUGCUUUUUCAUCGCAGCUCUACAAAUAACCGACUACGACCUUCAAGUAAAUGCUAAUAAAAAAGCACACAACUGCAGCGCCUAUAUGGGCAAUGACCUGGUUGUACGCAGGGGGCAGGAAAUUCUCAUGACCUUGACCUUUAAUGCAGCUCUGAAAGCUGAAGACCGGGUGCAGUUCACAGCCAGUCUUGUAACAUCAGCAGGAGCAGGUAACUCCCUCCUUGAAAAUACUUUCACAGACUCAGCCAUGUCUUCAACGAACAGCUGGGGAGCUCAAAGAGGAUCAAGUAAUUCUACCUCUGUAACUUUUACUCUUUUCACACCAAAUGAUGCUGUGAUUGGCCGUUAUGCUCUAACUGUGCAGACUAAUGGAGGCGGCAAACGAAUUGGAGAAUUCAUACUGCUCUUCAACCCUUGGGCUCCAGGUGAUAUUGUUUACUUGUCAGACCAGGCUCAAAGGGAGGAAUAUGUUUUGUCGGAGUUUGGUCUUAUCUUCAUUGGUGAAGCAGGAAACCCAUCUUCUGCCCCCUGGAACUACGGACAGUUUCAGGAAAGGAUUCUUUAUAUCACUUUUGUCCUGCUGGAUUCAUCUUUGAGUUUCCGAAGGAACCCCUCUGAGGAUGUCCGGAAACGUAACAACCCUUUACAUGUCAGCAGAGUCCUGAGUGCCAUAGUGAACAGCAAAGAUGAUACCGGUGUUGUACAGGGAAACUGGAGUGGUGAUUACUCCGACGGCACAAACCCCAGUGCCUGGAAUGGAAGUACAAGUAUUCUUAAGUCAUGGUAUGAGAAGAGGCAGCCGGUUAAGUACGGACAAUGCUGGGUAUUUGCAGGUGUUCUAUGCACAGUCAGCAGAGCACUUGGGUUACCCUGUCGACUGAUUACUAACUACAAUUCCGCCCAUGACACAGACGGCAACUUGAGUAUUGAGAGAUAUUAUGAUGUGUCAGGGGAGCCAGUUGAGGAAAGCGAUGACAGCAUAUGGAACUUCCAUUGCUGGAAUGAGGGCUGGUUCUUCCGGACUGAUCUUGGUGAUGCCUAUAGUGGAUGGCAAAUCUAUGAUUCAACUCCACAAGAGAUGAGUGACGGUAUUUAUCAACUAGGUCCCACAUCUCAACAUGCAGUGAAAGAAGGAGAGGUGAAUAAACUGUAUGACACUCGCUUUGUAUUUUCGGAGGUAAAUGCGGAUGUCAUCAAUACAAUUGUACAAAAAGAUGGGAAAAAAACAAAGGGAGACACCGAACGUUCAACAGUUGGCCAAUUAAUCUGCACGAAGGCUGUGGGUAGAGAUAGCUACAUGGAUAUAACACAGGAGUACAAGUAUGCAGAAGGUACACCGAAGGAGAGGGAAAUCUAUAACAAAGCUCUGCAGUCAAUUGGUCGAAGUACUGGGUUUGUAGCAUUUUCAGCUGAUGCAGCCCCAGCCUCAGCUCCAAGACGUGAAUUAGAUGUUUCUGGGGUGAUAUCAGUGUCUGGUACACCCGAAGUUGGCGAUGACGUAAAUACAAUCCUGAUUCUUAAGAACUUAACAUCAAAAAAACGAUCCGUAACUGCCAAUAUCAGUGUGGCUGCUGUUGUGUAUACCAGAGCUGUGCGAAGGAAGAUCUUCAAGCAGUCUGUAACUGUGCAUCUUGGCCCAAAUGAAGGUGGGGGGCGGGGAGUACCCGCUUGUUUGUCCUGCAUUCAGAGUAAAAGGAAAAAAACAUUUGUGAAAGAGAUCCCACUAAAAAUUACAUAUGCUCAGUAUGAAAAAGCAUUGACUACUGAUAACAUGAUCCACAUGACUGCUGUAUGUCAGGUUGAAGACUGGGGUGAUCUCUUCGUGGAAGCAAACAUCAGCUUGAAGAACCCACCACUCAUAACCCAGGUUCUUGGACCAACCGCGUUGGGCAGACCAGUGGCUAUAGAAGUCAGAUUUACUAAUCCUCUGCCUACGGCUGUGAGCGAUUGCGUGCUGACAGUAGAGGGAAGUGGUUUAACAAAAGAGGAUGUAACAAAAAGUUUUGGUGUUCUGGAGCCUGCAAAGAUGAUGAAUGUUAAAUUGGACAUUGUGCCUUAUGCGACUGGAGAGAAGAAAUUGUUAAUCAACUUCACAUGUAACAAGUUUAAUGAUAUCAAGGCAUUUCUAGCUAUGAACGUGGCUGAAAAUUCAUAAUGAUUUUGCUUACUUACUGUUAUCUACUAUAUUAAGGGUCAUGUAUAAUUCAGUAGUUUCUCAGCAAACAUGUUGAAAGUGAAAAUAAAGUUUGUAAAGGUUC